AUGCGAUUAAUCCGUGGCCAUAUGCCCUCGACCUUUAUUGAAACCGUCAAUAUCAAUCUGGAGGAUUUCUCUGAAACUUUUCUAACCUGUGUUACAUGCUUAUGCACUUACGAUCAGGAACGAAAGAAAGCGAAGCUUCUUUCGUGUUCUCAUACUGUAUGUCUGGAAUGUUUGCUGCGUAUGGAGCAACUGCCGCAGGUGGUUGAAACAGGAAUCAUACGCUGUCCGCUCUGUCGUGAGAUCAUUACUUUACCUUCCGGUGGAUCGAAUGCAUUCCCUUCUUCAUUUCUCAUUAACCAACUUCUUGAUUUGAUGCAAAAACAGCGCAAAGAUGUUGUACCCAAUUGUUCAGUACACCAACAAGAGCAGUUGCUCUAUUGUGAAGCAUGUGAUCUCGUUUUUUGUCAGCACUGUGAUUCUCCAUCCACACGUGACUGCUCUGAUCAUACUGUGAUUCCUUUUUCGAUUGCAAUAAAGCGCCUAUCAGAAAUCGUUGUAUAUAAAGCAAAUCAGUGUGUUGCAAGCUUGAAUACGGCUGCAGCUAAUGUAAAAUGCGAGACGUUGCAGCUGGAUCGAAAUGUUGACAAUGUUGUAGAUGGACUAAAUGCGUCGUUUCAAGAAAUAUAUCAGUUGGUGGAAAAUCGACGUCGUCAAUUGAUUGAUGCAGUUCGAAUGAUGAGAGACGAAAAACAGAAAGUAUUGCGCGAUCAGACGGAACUGAUUGACUCUUACCGUAAAAAGCUGGAAAGGGAAUUAGGAAUUUGCGAAGUGGACGUACGUGAAAUUGGAGCACGUACUAGACGUGUUAUGGCAGCCACUGAAGAAGCACUUGCUUUAACGGAACCUCGUGAAAAUGCUUUCUUAAAAUUACACAUGGACACCAAAAAGCUCCUCUUCGAAAUUGAAAAGUCACUUAGCCAGUUUGGUGCAGUUUCUGGUUCAACAACAUUCCCAGGACAGUGUAUUGUAGAGCUUAUAGAUACGUCCAGUGUAUGUACAGAAACUCACUUAAUAUUAACUACAUACGAUGUUAGUGGUAAACGCCGGAAUAGUGGUGGUGAUCCAGUAAAGGUAGAAAUUGUCAAAGCCAAAUUGGGGCAACAAAGUUCAGGUGAAGAUAGCAGUACUGAAAAAGUUGAAACAAUUGACGCAAUGAUAAAAGAUGAAGAGGAUGGAACGUAUUCCAUUUGUUUCAAAGCCUACGAACCGUGUGAAUAUUUGAUUCGAGUAACGAUCUUUGGUCGACCGGUAAAAAACAGUCCUUUUUCUGUAAAUGUAAGUAGCCAUCACUGCCCAAAAUGGCAUUUCGGGUCUCAUGGAGCAGGAGCACUCCAGCUUAAUCAGCCAGUAAAAGUAUUUCAAGAUUCACGUGAACAAAUUUAUAUUCUGGAUACUGGAAAUAAUCGAAUAAAAGUCUUAAAUGUAAACGGAGAAUUUCUGAGAGAUAUUAAAAGUGGAGGAAUCAAAGGUGGUAGCACUGUUGGUAUGACAGUUUUACCGUCUGGUGAUAUUUUAACCUUAAAUUGGAGAACUAAGGAACUGUGUAGAUGUGAUCCUUCUGGAGAGCUUCUUCAGACUAUGAGUUUUACCGAAUUUGCGGAGCCUAUUGAUCUUUGUAUCGAUAGCCGAGGACGAUACCUAAUUGCUGAUACUGCGUGUGAUAAGGUGUUUGUUUUUGACAGUGCAUUCCGUCCAUUGUUCAGCUUUAGUGUUACAACUCACGCAGGGCAUGCUCCAAUAACAUGCGUUUGUGUCGGUCUCAAUGAUGAUAUUCUUGUGGGCACGUGCUCUGCGCUACUACUAUAUGAUGGAGGAGGUCACUUUAUGCGUGAAAUAUCAUUAUGCUCAACUGCACACCCUGGCAGAAUGAUGGCUCUAGCGUGUUCCGUGUGUUCCCAGACCGGUAAUAUUGUUUCUGCCGUUGUGGAUUCAAAGAAAAAUCGCGCCUACCUCGUUGUUUGCCAAUAUAAGGGCAAUUUUUUGUUUUCAAUGGAUAGCUAUGGAUCACGCCUAAAACGUCCCUGUGGUGUUUUUAUUGCCUCUUCACUUAGAUGGAGUGGAAUGUGCUUUGUGGUUGAUUCAGCCACCCAUUCUAUCAAAGCUUUUCAUUAUAAAUAG